UCGCGUCUAAAUCGCGAUCGCUCUUCACUAUGAAUUCAGUGUAAAUCGUUACAUCUAAUGGGUGACGUUAAACAAAAAUUGUCUACCGCCGUUAACAAAUUGAUUACUGAAAAUGAGGAAAUAUUAUACUAUGAUAAAACCUAUCCUAAGCAGCUGUUACAAGGUUUGAGACAACUUAAAAAUGUUCGUGAAUUCUGUGACAUAAUAUUAAUUGUAAAUCAACACGAGUUUUUUUGUCACAAGGUUAUACUUGCAGCAUCAAGCAGUUAUUUUAAUAUUAUGUUUACUUGUAACUUAUCUGAAAGCUCUAAAAAUACUAUUGAAAUUAAGGGUAUAGAUGUUAACAUAUUCACUGCCCUGAUUGAUUAUGCCUAUAGCUCAGAGAUUAUUAUAAACAAAAGCAAUGUUCAAAAUUUAUUGUCAGCUUCCAACCUUCUUCAAUUUCUAUCAAUAAGAGAUGCUUGUUGCAAUUUUUUGAAAAAACAUAUUGAUGAAACAAAUUGCAUUGGAAUUCAUUGUUUUGCAGAAUCACAUAAUUGUAUUGAUUUACAAAAUAAUGCCAAAUUAGAAAUUCUAUCACACUUUUUGAAGGUUAUUAAACAUGAUGAAUAUUUAGCAUUAGAAUCAAAAAAAUUAGUGGAAAUAAUUGCUGAUGAUGAUAUAAAUAUUUCAAGAGAGGAAGAAUUAUUUGAUGCCUUAUUAAUAUGGCUUGAACAUGACUAUUUUUCAAGAAAAUCAGAGUUUCAUAUUUUAUUAUCCCAAGUUCGUUUGGUAUUUAUGGACGCUUAUUUUAUACACGACAAACUUGAGAGCUCGCCAGUUAUAACAGAAGACCUGAAAUGUCAACAAAUAGUUAAUCAGGCAAAGACUUACCAACUUUUGGAACAUCACCGAUAUUUCCCUAUUUUGAACACAAAGCCCAGAAAAGCUUUUGGAUUGUCUGAAAUAGUUAUUACGACAGGCGGAGAAGAUGACAAGGUAGUAUUGAGAGGAAUGGAAAGUUACGAUCCAAUUAUUAACGAGUGGAAAACUUUUUCCUGCUUGCCUUUUGCUAUCAGCAAACAUGGAUUGGUUACGUCAGGCCGUUACCUUUACAUGGCUGGUGGCGAAUUCCCGGAUGGAAUAACGAACUCUGGGUUAUGGAGAUACGAAUUUUUCAUUGACGUUUGGCAAGAGUUGCCUGCCAUGAAUAUGGCUCGCACAGAGCUAGGCCUAGCUUACUUAGACGGAUACGUUUACGCCAUCGGUGGUUGGGACUCGACUAAUAGGCUCUCUUCCCUUGAACGCUACGACCCUCAUAACGCCUUAUGGCAGCAAAUGUUACCCAUGCCUGAACCAUUAUCCAGCCCAGCCGUCGUCACACACAGGGGACUUCUAUACGUUCUAGGUGGUGCUAAAUCGAAAGGUAACUCUUGCAGCAGUUAUUUUUAUAUGUACGAUCCGAAGGUUAACAAAUGGACGAAUCUGCCUGAUAUGCCUGUUCCCAAAUUUGCAUCUUCCGCCUCCAUCCUAAACGAUAAAAUCUACUUGAUCGGUGGUUACACAUCUUUAAACAAUAUCUCAAACACGGUUGAGUGUUUCGAUAUUCUCAAAAACGAAUGGGUUACCUCAAUAGUCUCGGACAUGAAGGAAAAAAGGGCUAGAGCAGGGGUUGCUUCCGCUUGUGGAAAAAUUUACAUGUUUGGUGGGGAAGAAAAUUGGGAAAAAUAUCACGAUUCUAUCGAGGAAUAUGACGAGGCUAUGAAUGAUUGGAAAAUUAUAGGAAAUAUACCUAGUCCCCGUGGUGGACUUACAUGCGUUACAUUGCAGAUUAAAAGAGAUCAUUACGAAAAAUUCAAAAGCAUACAUAUCGAAUAACGUCAAUGUUUAGUUAUGCAUACAUUUGAGAAGAAUCUCAAAAAUCUGUUAUGACCAAAUUCCUCUUAUAAAAUUGUUUUGUUGAAGAAUAUAUAUCAUUGUUAUUUAUUAAUAAUUAUACAUAACUUUUUGACCUUAUGAAAUAGUAUUAUUAACACCAC